AAUUACAAUUCCUAUCAUUUCAAAUCACUUCCAAUAUCAUCCAAACCUUCAUUCAACAAAAAUGAUGAAAAAGCAACUUGUGUUGUCCUUCUCCAUAGCAGUGCUGCUUUCAUCUUUGUUUUUCACCACCACUUUAGCCCAGUUAGCACCAGCAGCUUCGCCUCUAAAACCACCACAACCUACCCCUACACCACCAGCUGAAGCUCCUAAACAACCAUUGGUUCCCUCAUUGCCACAGUCACCAAGUGAUUCCACCCCUGACACUUCAGCUGUUGACAUUGUUGGAAUCCUGAGACAAGCCAAAGCAUUCAACAUCCUAAUCAGACUCAUGAAAACCACCCAAUUGAUCAACCAACUCAAUGCACAACUCCUCACUACUAAAUCAGGUGGCAUCACCAUUCUAGCACCUGAUGACGGUUCCUUCUCCGAACUCAAACCAGGCUUCCUCAACUCUCUUUCUGAUGGCCAAAAGCUCGAGCUCUUACAGUUCCACGUUAUUUCAGAGUAUGUGUCUAGCUCCAACUUUGAUACUCUAACCAACCCUGUGAGAACACUUGCAGGAGCUAAACCUGGAAAGGUGGAACUGAAUGUGAUAAGUUACGGAGGGAGUGUGAACAUCUCAACGGGUGAGGUUAACACCACCAUCACUGGCAUUGUAUACACAGAUAAGCAUCUUGCUAUUUACAAGGUGGGUAAGGUGCUUCUUCCUAUGGACUUCUUUGCUGUGGCCAAGGCACCUGCAAAGGGACCAUCUUUGGCACCAGAACCUUCAGCAAAGGCUCCUAAAGCGGAUAAGGAUCCAUUAUCCCCAGAUUCCUCAGAAUCAUCUCAAACUAAUCCCACCAGCAACAACUCUGGCUCUGAGAAAAUCCAUGUGCAUGGAAAGUGGGUGUCCCUUGUUCUUGGACUAGUUGCUGUGACUGCAUUGUCUUCGUAAACAAGAACUGGACUUGAGGAAUUUACAAAAAUCGAUGGCAUUACAUACUAUUCAGUUAAUAUUCAAGAGUGUUAUAUGAUUGGGAGAAAGGAGUGAGCACUGCAGUGGCGAAUCAUCCGAGUAUUACAGAUUAGAGUGUCUGUGAUUUGACUGAUUGUUGUCUCCCUCAAUAAAUUUAAGUGUUUUUGGUUU